GCAGGAGAAAAUCCUGUGAGAAGAGGAAAGUCCCAAGAGCACCUGAAGGCAUCACAGCGGCCAUAGCAACGUUCAUCAGCUGAAAGGUAACAUGGAAGAGUAUCCUUCAAAACAAACCACCGAAAACCUAGAUGACCCACCCAACAGCCGACUUUUCGUGGUCACAAGUCGGUCCGUAACCGAAGAUGAGCUUCGAGAAAGUUUCUCCGUGUUCGGGGACAUCCAGGGAGUUUGGGUCGUCAAAGAUAAGCAGACAAAAGAAUCCAAAGGCAUCUCCUAUGUGAAGUUCGCUAAGUCGUCCCAGGCUUGUCUGGCCAUGGAGGAAAUGCACGGGAAAGUGUUGGUGGAGAGCACGAAACCCAUCAAGGUAUUUAUAGCCCAGUCACGGUCGUCAACGAGGCACAGAGAUGUUGAGGAUGAAGAGCUGACGAGGAUCUUUGUCAUGAUUCCCAAAACAUUCUCAGAGGAGGAUCUCAAAGAAACAUUCAAAGAAUAUGGGGAAAUUGAGUACUGCGUGAUCAUUAAGAAUAAGUCUACAGGGGAAAGUAAAGGACUGGGCUAUGUGAGAUAUUACAAACCAUCCCAAGCUGCUCUCGCUAUAGAAAACUGUGACAAAACUUACAGGGCCAUCCUGGCUGAGCCUCGUACCAAGAACACAUCAACAGAAGACUACUCCGGGGGAACUACCAGAGGUGAUUAUGCGGGCAGUGGUGACUCCAUGAACCAGUAUGCCUUCCCUGUGGCUGAUCCUGGAAGCUACCCGAUCAUGGACUUUCGUUCUGGGGAGUUUACACGGUGCCUAAUGAUGUCAACUCGCGCUGCCCUGACUCAGGAGCAGAUUUUUGCUCUGUUUGAUAUCAUUCCUGGUAUGGAGUACUGUGAGCUGCAGAGGGAUGCUUAUGGAAUUAGCAAAGGUCAUGCACUGAUUCGCUAUAGUAAUCUGGGAUCAGCCGUUUAUGCCAAGGAGAAAAUGAAUGGCUUUGAAUAUCCACCUGGCAACAGACUAGCAGUCAAUUAUGUGGAUGAUGGAGAGGACCACAGCAGCCCUGUAAGUCGGAUGGCCAUGCAGUUUGUUGCAGCCCAGAUGAUGAGCUCAGUGUGGAACGGCCCCUCGUCAAGCCAAGCGAUGAAGCCCCCUGGCUUCUCAACCCAUUCCCCAAUGCCCCGAAUUCAGACAGACGUCAACCUUCCUCCUCUGAAGAAGCUGGCUCCACCUGACAGCAAGACAAAGGAGCGCCUGUUUGUUGUGUUCAGCCCCUCCCCACUGCCACUGGAUGUGCUGGAGGAUGUUUUCUGCCGCUUUGGUUCACUUAUUGAGGUCCAUCUGGUUCCCGGGAGGAAGGUUGGAUACAUGAAGUAUGCAGACAAACCGUGUGCAGAUGAAGCCAUGGCAGUGCUCCACGGUCGCUUCAUUAACGGAGUGAAGUUAAAGGUGAUGCUGGCAGAUCCUCCUCGAGAGGAAUCUCACAAACGGCCUCGUACCUACUAGGACCAGUCCAGAGAAAUGACCGGCGACUGUUGUCAUGACACAAUGACACCUGACCUGACCGACCGACAGCAAGACCUUCUCCCGACCUCUGACCUGACCUUUGACACCUGUCUGACCUUUAUUUCUGGUCAGUGACCUUGUUGUGACUCACUGAAGACUUUACGUUUAAGUCAUUUACAGUCUGUGAACAGCAGCAUCGUGCACAGUAUAUGUAGUCUGUGGUCAAUGUCUCAUUUGUUUGGUCACAACUUGUCAUCAGCUGUGACACUGCUGCUGGAAGAACCAGUGUCCAACAGUGUAACAGACAACAAAAGAAGCAGUUUAGAUAAUUUAAGUUUUAAAAUUUCAUCCUUCACAAUUGGUGGAUAGAAAUAUGUUCUCUAAGAACUGUGCACAGGGCUGGAGGUAGGAUUCAUUCAUUGAAUGGCUGUUUAUUCAAAUGUACAUUUUUUUUUGUCUUAGGAAAAAUUAAAAUCAGUUCAUCACAA